GUCAAGCGGUGAACACACCGGGAGCUUGCAUGAUUUCUCCCACGAUCUUCUGUAUUGAAUCACAUCCACAUCUUCCCAUCUCUUUGGACUCACUUUAACUGAUCACUGACUCUUGCGGCCGCUCUCGAGGCACCCGAUCUCCCCCUCUUGAGCCAGUGUGACUCGACAUCCGCCACUUGAUCCAUUGCGACCAGUCCUCGCUCCUCUUCCCAAACACCACGAUCAGAUAGCCUCGUCCUCUCCUCUCCUCCCGCGUCUCUACCUAUCUAGUGUUCUCACAAUUGUGUGAAUGGGCGGCCUGAACAUGAGAGCGACAUCAACGGGAAAACCAGACAAAAAGAUCCCGGCUGUGAUUGUCCGCAGCAUCAACUGCGCUUCUUUGCAAUAAUGGAGCCCAGUCAGUCUGCGGGUUCUGCCCCUGGAUUUUGGAGAUAUUUGGUCAAUCCAGACAAAAGCGCAACCCUUCAAUUCGAGCAGCUGUGUCGGGGGAUUGCCAAAGUCAUAGCGACCCUUGAGCCCGGACCAGACAACGAACUCACUCCAUCACGUCUAGCCACUUUCUAUAGAGCCGUCGGCGGCAACUAUGACUCGCUCCUCCUCAAAUCCUCCGAUCAUGCCCUCUCCUUCAUGUACCAAACCCUCGGAUGCUUUCACUCUCUGCAACCUACCCCCAGUCCCUUCGAAACGCCCCGAAUCCCGUGCCUAACACCGGCUGGAUUUGCUCGUUGGCAAACGAUCCAGCUUCUUCUCUGCCCUGACGAAAAUGUGGCUUUCAUUCAAAAAGCGGUUCAGCUGUGGAAUGUCCCGAUGCCUAAUGGCGGGACCUACCCAAAAUACAUCCCCCUCGACGUUUUCCCAAACAAACCAGACGAAGAGAUGGAGAGAUGGCACAAACUGGUAACUGGCAAAUUGAACCAGCAGAACUACAAUUUGCGGCGUAUAAAGAACUCUCCUUAUCAAUCCCCGCAUCUUGAAGCCUAUGAUCGACGAGACGGCUAUUUCUCUGGCGGUCAGACAGGACGCCCAACAAGGCCUUCGCGCAGCAGUUCUCGCGAUGACCAAGAUCAUCCGACAGAUAUCUAUCGCAGACGGAGCAGUGUACCGGAUUUCCCUUCGCCGUCGGGAGAGAGAGGGUCACCUUGGGAACCGAGAAAUCAGUAUGAGGCGCGGAAGACCCGCAGCCAUUCGGCUCAAAGGCCAUCACCAAAACCUUCGCCGCGUCCGCGAUCACAUACAACGACGGCCCCUCCUGGUCACCAUAAAACCUCGUCAAAUAGCCCCUCGAACCGGAGACAGGGGGCUGCCCCCUCGGACCAGCCAGGGCGACGACCUUCGUCCGGGUACAACAACACACAAUACCGCUCUCCCGCACGCACUCCCUCAACUGUGGACGAAGAUACAGGCAGCGAAGGAAGUUCAGAGGCCUCGCAAACGGGUCGGCAUCAGCGGAGGUCUGACGAAGAUCGGAAGAGCCGUCGCUCUUCCUUAUGGGUGCCCUCCUUCAUGAGAUCAUCGCACAAACGUCGUCAUUCUUCGGACGCGGGUUACCGCGCACCGGGCCCUGCAUCCAAAUCUUCGCAGCCCUUGCGGCCUGAGUACUACCCACCUCGUGCAAUCAAGCCUGCGCCUCAGCCACCUCAACAGCCUUAUGGGGGAGGCCGCCCACCGCAAUGGCGUGAGACAGUCUGGGAUAACGACACUCCCAGUUCCACCCCGGCCACACCUAUUCCAGAAAAUGCCCAGGCACAGUUUGACCCACGGGCGCCAUCGAUACGUUACCCAGACCAGACAAAUUUCGAACCGUUGACGCGAGAAAGUAGCAGUGGAAGUGACAACAGGCAUCGCUCCUCAGAUUGGGAGCGAGGGAACGCGCAGAGGCGGCCAAUGCAACCGCCUCCGAGGAUUGCCACCGUAACCGGCGUGCAAGGCCGAAAAUACCCUACCGCAGAUCCAAUGAGUCCCAUUGAGCGUCAACGGAGUUCAAAUACCCGUGGUAACUCUACUGCAAUGGUUUGAGCCCUUGAAUGCGUGAAAUAUCGCGCUUAAACGGACCAACAAUUGCGUGCCCAGAGGUUGCGGCCACUCCACGAUAUGACGAAUACGAACGACUGCUUGGGUCCACGAGGACAAGAUGCACACGAAUAAUGAGUUGAAGACGGAAUGACAUCCGAAGCAUAGAGCCUGCUGUGGGCGGGGCGUUCUCGGUUUAGGGACCAUUGUGUUUGGCGGUCCACGAGCAAGCCGACAUCUCUUUUCACUUGACUGUACGUCGGCGAAGGCAGGAACGCGCUUGCAAAUGAGCGCGGUUAGCGGUAUUGCAGAGCCUGCGGAUUGCGGUGAUUCUUUUUCUUUGGGAUUUAUUAUAAAAUCUUUGACGAUUACAGUAUGGGUAGCUUCGCAGCUCGACAUGGUUACAGUAGCUUGCUUACUGUGAAUAACUCGUUUCAAGCCUUGUCCCGAAAAUCAAUCCUUUUUAUUUAUAUGA